CGAGCACAGAGCAUAAUGAAAUUUGUCAAUCAAGUAUACUUGCAUCUGUAUGUCUUCAAUCAAGCCAUUGUGGGCUGUUUAAGCUUCAGAAAAGAACAGGAAAUUCACGGUUUACUCAGACAAGGUGUUGCUGUUGACAAUAUAUCAUCUCAGCUUUCACCAUGGGCAUCUGCUCUAUUUGAAUUUAUGCCAUCAUUUAUUAGGAGACAGCUGCUCCUUUACCCUGAGUCAGAUGACUCAGCACAGCUAUCACAGUUCACAUGGUACACAAAUGGGUAAAUGUCCUACAGGCAUACCAGUAGCACACCAACUCUGCUGUAGAAAGGGGAUACCCUUGGAAGGAGAAUCUUCUCCUUAGGCUCUUUAUCAAUAAUUUAAUA